AUGUCUGCCAGGCGCUAUCCUGUCACUCAAGACAUUGACGGCGUCAAGUAUGCAACCGCGUACAGGGCCGAGCAUAUCCGCGAAGCCCUCAGCUAUAUGCCUGAAGAUGGCGAUAUUGUCCUGGUGUCGCACGCAAAAUGCGGCAACAACUGGCUCCAGCAGAUCAUACAACUUAUUCUUCACAGAGGACAGUCCGCCAAAAACCUAGCAGAGUUCGGCCGAAGGACACCGUUCCUCGAGCUACUGGGGACGGGACCAGUGAAGCGCAUGCUACCACCUCGCUUCAUGAAGACACAUUUUCUUUACUGGGAACAGCCGAUGAACCCUAAAGCCAAGUACGUCUACCUCACCAGAAACCCUCUGGACGUCUGCACGUCCUUCUAUCAUUACACUAAAUCCAUGCCGGUGUACAAGUUCGAAGACGGUACCUUCGACGACUUCUUUGAGCUCUUUGUGACGGGCGAGAACGUCCGCGGCGACUUCUUCGACCACCUGAAGUCAUGGUACGACCACAAGGACGACGCGAAUGUCUUAUUGAUAACUUACGAGGAACUUAAGAAGAACUUUAGAGGCACUUUAUUGAUGCUCGCUCGUUUUCUUGGUGAAGAAUACGCACAGCAAUUAGAUGAUCACAACAGGUUGUGCCAGAUGGUCGUUGAGAAAUGCAGUGCUCCCUUCAUGUCUAAGCUCAUGGACAUGACUGAUGACAACAUUGGUUUCUCAGAGAAAAAUGAGGACAACCCUUAUCUGAAGGCUGUAAAAAGAUUUGUGUGCGACGAUUCUGGCAUGGUACGCUACACGAAUCAUGUCCGUAAAGCGGACGUGGGCGAUUGGAAGUCGCAUUUCAAGCCGCAGCAUCUGGAACGUCUUCGGCUUAGGAUCCAAGAGAAAGAAGUGGCCACCAUACUCAAAGCUCUGUGGAGUUCCCAAGAUUUGGGAAGCAUUAUCUAG